UCAAAUAAGAACAGGAAAAACGGCAAAGAUGAGAGAUGGGAGGUGAUAAAACAUCCACAUAGCUCCUUCACCAAAGCUGUUUCUUGGUACAGAACAAACACUCCCAUUGAAAACGUGUGUAUAGAAAUCAGCGGCGCUAAGUUGCAUCAACACAGCAACUCUUCAGGGAAACUUUGUGAUCAGCAGAGGUGGAUCAAUUUUCAACAGCAAAAAUGUUGRAUUAUGAAGUAACUGUGUACACCGCCAAUCGCGCCGCUGCCACCACUUUGAACAAUGUCUUCAUUAAGCUGGUUGGCACAAAUGGGGAAGGUGAACGCAAGAGGCUGUUCAACUUGAGAGGAGCUUCAGCAUUUGUCAGAGGAGCUGUGGCGUCUUUUACAGUUUCCUCCCCCACAACCCUUGGAAAGCUGGUGCUGGUGGAGCUUGACAAACAGCCUCUUUUGCUGUUCCCUGAAGAUUCUUGGUUCCCAGCCAAAGUGGAAGUCAAAUCCCCAGACGGAGACAUUUACAACUUUCCUGUCUACCGCUGGAUCACUGACAGCAAGGUGCACCGCUUCAGAGAGGGAACAGCCCUGAAAGGGUUCGAAGAUAGUCAUCAACUUGGCAGGUACAGCAGGGAACAGGAGCUCAAGCAGCGUCAGAAAGACUAUUGGUGA